AUGAAAACAAACUAUAUAUGCAGAUUUAGCUUCAGACAAAUUUCAUUUACCAACAAAAUUGUGACACCAAAUUAUUCUGUUAAUACUAGAUAAUGCCGUAAUGACCUGCAUAUUUUUGAAAAGAGUGGAUCGGUGACGCUUUUUUAAAACUAGAUAUGCUAUGGUUUUCAAGGCUUGUCGGAAUACAAAUCAAGGAAUUUAAACAGGUUUGGACAUUUUUUUCCCUUUAAAAAAACUUUAAGUCUGCGGUGGUGUCGUUUUUUAUCUUUUAUACGUUCUCCUGGAUGACAAAUCCACCAAAAUCUUGGGCGCUUUUGCCAAUCUGUCAGAAUUGUUCAUACUGAAAGGGAUGCUGUUGCUUCAGUAACCAUAAUACAAAUUCGAUCGUUUUGUUAAACGGUGCAACAAUAAUUAUCAUUAAAAAAACACCAAAAAUAACUAACUUCAUCCAACUUUUGUUGGAGGACAUUGCUAUUGACUGACACCACAAUUUCAGGAUUACUAUGCAAUUACACUUGUUCCGAAUUAUUUUGAUUUUGCACAUAACGGAAUAUACUGAUUUCCUGCAACGCGCAGUUGCACAGCUGCGGGACCAUCCAGGGACUCCUGAAGAAUUCUGUGGGCAAUUGCAGAGGGACCGCGGCUGUCUGACAUGUUCACGCAACAAUGGCUGCCUGACAUGCAAGCCCCAGUACUUUUUCAUCCUGGUGCGCCAUGACAUGAAGCAGACGGGUCUGUGUCUGCUCUCUUGCCCCAACGGAUACUAUCACACCCGCUCUCGAGACAUCAACAAGUGCAUGAAGUGCCGCCUGGACUGCGACUGUGACUUCACAGGCAACUUCUGCACACGGUGUAGGGAAGGGCAAUAUCUGCACCGAGGGAAGUGCCAUGGGAGCUGCCCAGAAGGGCUGGUGCCAGACAGCAGGUUGUGGGAGUGCAUCCCUGCUAAAGUGCACUGUGAAGUGGAUGAGUGGAACGCCUGGAGUCCAUGUUCUCACAGAGGAAUCACGUGUGGAUUCAAGGCAGGUGAACAGACAAGGGUUCGAGGCAUCCUUCAGCUACCAUCCCACGGCGGAAAUGACUGUUCUACCACCUCUGAGACCAGAGAGUGUUUCAUCAGGAAGAGGAAAUGUUCAGGAAGACUGCACAGAGAAAAACAGAGGGGCAGGAAGAAAAAGAGGGAAGGUGGAAAUAUGGGAGAGUCGCCACGACUGAAAGGAGAGGGAGGCAGCGGCAGAAAAAAAAUGCGGGGAUGGCAGGGGGGCAGAACGGGAGUCGGCACCUAAUAACAGAUGGCACACAAUAACAUCAACCACUGUGCCAAGUGCUGCAGACAGGCAGAGGUGGAACAUUCAGGUCCAGAAAGUACAAAUCCAGACCACGGUUUUGUUUCAACCAACCAAUUUGUCAUGAAGAGUCGCAAUCAGGGAGUAGUCAGUUGGUUGGUUGAAUCAAAACCUUGGUCUGGAUUUGUACCUUAUGGACUUGAACUUCCAACUUCUGCAGAUGGGAAUACUGUUGUAAAGUUUAUAAUACAAUGUAUGUGCAUGACAGACAAUGUUAACCAUUCAGGGAAAAACAAUCACUGCAAGAAUCCUAUCUCUCCAAGUCGGAGUGAGGGAUACAGCAUACAGGAGUACAUAAAAACUGAGUUGAGGAUAUUCAGAAAGGGAAUAUUUAUGUACUUUUGCUGUAUAUGGAAAGUAACGCAACAAAAUAUAAUUAAUGCUGGUGUAGAAUGACUCUACUUCUGUUAAUGCAUUUGCAUAUCCUUGCAUACUUAUAUUUGUAUAUUUGUAUCUCCAAUAUACACAUUCAAUAAAAAUCGAAUGAGUUUUCCA